AUGCUUUCGGAGAAAACUAUUAGGCUCGUCAAAUCUACUGCCCCAGUUCUUGAGCAGCGGGGUGUGGAUGUUACCAAGAAUAUGUACAGUCACAUGUUGGGAGAGAACCCUGAUCUCUUGAACAUCUUCAAUAGAACCAAUCAGGCAACAGGUUUGCAACCUAAAGCUUUGGCUGCCACUGUUCUUGCCGCUGCAAAGAACAUUGACAAUCUUGGCGUUUUGCUCCCUGCUGUUAGACAGAUUGGUUUCAAGCAUAGAGCUUUGCAGGUUAAGCCUGAGCAGUAUGGUACUGUCGGAAAGUACUUGCUUGCUUCUAUUAAGGAGACUUUGAACCCUCCUGAAGAAGUCUUGGAAGCAUGGAAGGAAGCAUAUGGUGUUAUUGCUAAGACUUUCAUUGAUGUUGAGGCGGAGAUGUAUAAGACGGAACUCUGGAAGGGUUGGAAGACAUUUGUUAUCUCUGGCAAGAAGAAGGUCAACGAAAGUGGUACAAUGGUUGAGUUCUCUGUUGAUCCUGUCGAUGAGAGUCUCAAGGGUGCUCUCACCAAAUUUGUUCCUGGACAGUACAUCACUGUCAGAACCAAGCCAGACAACAAUGAUGGUCACUAUGCCCUUCGUCAUUACUCUAUGAGUGAGAUUCAAGGCCCAGACUCGCUUAGAUUCUCCGUCAAGUUCGAUGAUGACAAGCAAGGCCACCAAGGAUUGGUCUCUCACUAUUUGAUUGAGAAGGUCAAUGUCGGUGACAAGAUUGAGUUGAGUGCACCAGCUGGUGAUUUUGAACUCGACAAGUCAUUGCUGAAUAACAAGGAGGUUCCAUUGGUGCUCCUUAGUGCUGGAUCUGGUGCAAGUCCUUUGCUUGCACUUCUCCAGGAGCAAUUAUCUGAGGGCAGCACCGAGAGACCUAUUUAUUGGAUUCAGUCCAACAGAUUGGCAGCAGAUGUUCCAUUUGUUAAGGAUGUUGAUGCAGAAUUGAAGCAGCAUGCAUCAAACUACAAAAAUCUUCAGGUUAUCACUGAGAAGUCUGCCAGAAUUGACAAACAGUUCUUGGAGUCUAACAUUCCUGAGAAGAGCGAUAUUUAUUUGUGUGGAUCUGUUCCCUUCAUGGACGCUAUGUUGAAGCACUUGAAGGAGAUCAGUAAGCACUACAAUUUGCAUUACGAGGCGUUUGGUCCUAAGAUGAGCACAGUUUAG